AUGGCGCGGGUGGUCCGCGCGCUGCGUGACCGGGUGAAGAUGAGCGAGCUGGAGAGAAUCGACGCGCUCUUCCCUGGCGCCGACUCCGGCACAGACGCCGCGUCUGAGACGGCGAGCUUGAGCGGUCGCAGCAUCAAGAGCGGCAAGAGCGUCGUCAGCGGGCUUAGCACGCUGUCGCGCGGCACAUCCACUCUAGGAAAGAGCACCCCGGUCGAGACAGACCUGGAGGCGGGCAUCUCGGCGAAGGUCUCUGGGACGACAAUCCGCAUCGUACCGGGCUCACGCAACAAGGGCAUCUUCGUGCGCCUCGCUGGCGGGCCGGGAGAGGGCGAGACGUACGACAUCGCCCACCCAUAUCCUGCGCAGGAGCUUCUAUGCGAGGCGACAAUCAUCGAGUGCAGUGCCUGGGCGGAUGGGGAGAAGCUGCGGGCGGUGAUCGAGUACAAGUGA